AACAUUUGCGUGAACACAUUCAACAGAUGCCAUUUAAGUGCUCAAUUUACAUUAGUUCUCAAUUUGUAUCCUUUGAUAAACUAGAACGACACCUGAUUUUUAUCUAUCGUGACAGCGUUGUAGACAAUAUGGCCACAGAUGAUAUAACGAAACAGGAAAAAGGUGUUACUUUUGAUGAGGAAAGUGAAGAUUAUCUUUUAUGUAAAGCAUUUGCUAAACUUUGUGAUUGGGAAUUCAUUGAGGAACAAAAGGCAUUUUAUGGACUUGAACAUCUUGAUAUUUAA